UUCCGUGCAUCACCUGACUUCCUCUCCUCUUCUCCCACUCUCUCCCGUCGUUGCCUCUUUGGUGCCUAUAACCAGCCUCCCGGCAUCCCCCCACCUUUGAUUCCCUUCUUCCACCGCAGCUCCCAAAAAGAACAUGGUACAAACCAGUCAGUAGCCUGUUACUGUUGUAUUGGAUGCCUCAACAGCAACCUAAGAGCUAACAGUCCCUGUUCCCAACCACCCAUCCUUCUUCCUCCAUUCUCCCCCACCAAACCUCGAACUCAAAAGGAACCGUCUUUAUUACCCCCCCUCGCUUGCCUUGGCAUAGAGACUUUUGCCUUCUUUGCUGGUGGGGAGAUGAAGAAGCUCAGCAACGGGAAAGGACGGAGGAUCCACCCGACCCCACCGCCGGGAACGGCGCUGCGGGACCACCUGGCGGCGAUCCCUGCGGCGUUGUUGGCCCUGGUGGCGGCGCUGACGGCCGAGGAGAAGGAGGUUCUGGCGUACUUGCUCUCAGGCGGCGGUGGCCAUGAGAGGGGCAGCGAGCGGCGGCGGCGGCUACGGCCGCACCCCCCGGAGCUGGGCUGCGAGUGUUUCUGUUGCUACAAGAGCUUCUGGGCGCGGUGGGACGCGUCGCCGAACCGGCACGUCAUCCACCGCAUCAUCGACGCCGUGGAGGAGAGCUUGGAGUCCAGGGAGCGCGAGCGCGGGGGUGGUGGCCGCCGCCGGAAGCGCAACGGCCGUCGUGGGAGGAAAAUCGCCAACUCGGCAGCUGUGGCGGAGGAGGAGGACGAUAGCUCGAGGGUGGACCCGAAGGGGUUCCUGGCGUCGGAGGGUGAGCACUCGGGGGAUGAUGAUGAUGGUAGCGUCGACGACGAUGAUAAAGAAGGGGACGUCGAUGACGAGGAGGAGGAGGAAGAGGGCACGAAUGGUGUCAGCAACCCCAACGGCAAUGGAGGCAAGAGCUCCGUGAGGAGAUUCAUGAGUUUUAUCGGGGCAAGAGUUUGGGGAGUUUGGAAUUGAGCCAACGGGAAGAUAGAGAUGACAAAGAAAGGAUUUUUGGACAUUGGAAAGUCUGUGAUGCAGAGACACACAAUGCAGCCUUAUGAUUGGGAAUCAUCGCUCCGUUCGUUGUACGAUGGAGCAAUUAGUAGUGUCUAUGUCAAUUCGAUGCUUGGAGCUCUGCUCUCAGUUUUCUCCUGGCUUUACUCUGUUCUUGAAAGCCAAAUGUUAGGCUGAUCGAAUCCUACUGUGUUACAAAGCUUUUUUA